CUACCUUUCCCUUUUGUGUCCGAUCGACUGACACUUCACCCAACUCAAAUACAGAAAACUCCCUCGAAAAUUUCUUUGUUCUAAAUUCGUACAUUUCGUUGGCAAUUCAUUCAACUCUGUCCCUCAAUAGCAAAAAAUUAAAAAACAGAUUUUAUUUUGUGUUGCUGUAAUGUACUCCCUGCUGCCGCUGAUGUACCGCCGGCAGAGCUCCCGCCUGAAGGCCCUGCGAUGGACGGUCCAGUCGAACCAGAGCUUCUUCAAGAUGAGCUUCAAGGCGCCCUCGGCGAAGAGCCCCGCCUUCAAGGAGUUGUCCAAGAAGCAGCCCCAAACGCAGUCCCAAUCCCAUUCGCAACCGCAGUCGCAAUCCCCGCAAACGCUAUCGCAAUUGCAAACGCAGUCUCCAGCGCAACCGCCACCGCAAUCACCGCCGGAAAUGAAGCCACCAGAGCUCAAGAAGAGUCCUUCACUGGGUCUGAGCCCGGUGAACAACCCAACUGUUUCCCCAGGCCAGAAGCCUCAGCCGGCGGUCCAGCCGCUCAUCCCCGACCAGCGGGCCAAGUGGCUGGCCAAGGUCUCGCCGGAAGCGCAGAGGAAGGCCAAGCUGGCGGCCGAGAAGGGCGCCCCGCAGUCGGGUCCUCCGAAGAACCAGUUCAACCCGGUCGGUAGUCCCAGCAAUCCGGCCUCGAGCUUCGGAAACCCGUUCGGUGCGGCUGGCCACCCCAGUAGCCCGGCGUCCAGCUUCGGAGCCGCCGGAAGUCCCGCUCCCUGGCAGCAGAGGCGGAGCGAGGAGCAGCAGGAGGAGGAGAAGCAGGACUCCGCGGCCUUCAAGGGCGCCUGCUCGGAGUCGCAGCGGAAGAACUGGAUGAACCGCAUGCAGGGAUCGCAGCAGAAGAAGCAGAACCAGUGGCUCAAGGAGAUGCAGGCCAAGAUGCAGGCGGGCAAGGACAUCCAGGCGCAGAAGAUGCAGAAGAUGGAGGCCCAGAAGGCCAGUGCUCCGCCUCCCGAGGCGCACACCUCCCAGAAGGCUCCCCCUCCGCCCGAGCAGCCGGAGGAGAAGAGCGCGGAGCGAGUGGCCUACCUGGACGCGGUGCGGCAGCUGAACAGCUACCAGGUGCUGGAGCCCACCUCGGGCAGGGCGCCCGCCACCUCGAAGAGCAGCGCGAGGGAGCCGGACCCCGUGGUCGAGCAGACGCUCGAGUGCCUGGAGAAGACGGGCCUCUCCAAGAAGCAGCUGCAGGCCAUCCCCGUCAUCCAGGUGGCGGGAUCGAAGGGAAGGGGCUCCACCUGCGCCCUCGUGGAGAGCAUCCUGCGCUGCCACGGGCUGCGGACCGGGGUGCUCUGCUCGCCGCACCUCUUCCUCACCAGCGAGCGGAUCCGGAUCGACGGCGAGCCUCUGAGUGAGGUGCAGUUCACGGAGCUCUUCUGGCGGAUCAACGCGGAGCUGGCCAAGACCCAGCCGCCGCCCUCGUACAACAAGCUGAUGGCGGUGAUGGCCUUCCACGCCUUCCACCAGGCGGGCGUCGAGGUGGCCAUCCUGGAGGUGGGCGGCGGGGGCGCCGGCGACGCCACCAACGUGGCCGCCCACGCGCAGACCAUCGGGAUCAGCACGCUGGGCUGGGAGCAGAGCGCCACGCUGGGCAACUCGCUGCGGGACAUCGCCUGGGCCAAGGCGGGCAUCAUGAAGCCGGGGGCCAGCGUCUUCACUAGCGUCGCCCAGCCGGAGUGCUGCGAGGUGCUGGCCCAGAAGGCCCAGCAGAUCGGGGUGCAGCUGCGCCGGGUGCCCUCGUUCAUGGAGUACCUGGAGGGCAGCAUGGAGAACAAGCUGCUGCUGAACAAGUCCAACUACUCGGUGCGGCUGAACGGGUCGCUGGCCGUGCAGCUGGCCUACGACUUCCUGCAGCGCCACAAGCCGGAGUACGUGGUGGGCGUGGAGCAGAACCCCACGCUGCUAACUCCGGGCGCCCAUCGCGGCAUCGAGACGUUCGAGCAGAGCGGCCAGUUCGAGUUCCUGCGGCACGACAUCUUCAACGUGUACCUGGACAGCGCCGACUCGCUGGAGUCGAUGAUGGCCUGCCGCGACUGGUUCUACACGCGCACCCGCUCCAACCGCCAGCCGAAGGUGCUGCUCUUCAACAAGGUGAACGAGUUCAACGCCAAGGACCUGCUGACCAUCGUGCGCAGCCAGCUGCGCUUCGAGGAGGCCUGCUUCGUGCCCAGUCCCAACUUCUUCGAGGGCGAGCUGCUGCCCGAGGACGAGGGCACCGCCAUGGUGUGGCACGGCCUGGAGGAGCUGCAGCGGGCCAAGCGCAACGCGGGGAACUGGCGGGCGCUCUGCGAGGAGAGCGGCAAGCGGGACAACUCGCAGCUCUCCAUCUCCAUCGGAGCCUUCUUCGAGUAUUUGUCGAACAAGUACGGCAAGCAGAAGUACGGCAUGAAGAACGAGCUGGACGUCCUGGUCACCGGCUCCCGCCAGCUGGUGGCCGCCACCCUCUCCUGCCUCCGCAAGAUGAAGGCCUCCAAUCCCUGGCAGUGAAUGCCUGCGCCUCGAGCCGCCUUUCCCGUCUUUCCCACUUGUUUUCUACCCUUAAGCGCUUAAAUUUCGUCGUGAAGGUGUUCGUUCGUUUGUUCUUUCUAGAAAUACACUUUACUAACUCACUAA